CUGCGCUCCUCCCCUUUCCUCCUCCCUCCCCUCCUCUCUCUCUUGCGCCGCCGCCGCCCCCGCCGGAUCUGUCUGUGUCUCUGCGUGAGGGGAGGGGGGGCCUGUUCGGCCCUGCGCACUGAGCGAUGUUUGGCCGCCAUCGCGGCGGAGAAGGAGGAGGAGGCGCAGGAGGCUGAGGGAGCCGCCGCCACCGCCGCCGCCGCGUACAGACGGCCACUUGGGCCUGCCUCGCCUCAACCUCGCCUCUCCGCCCGCCCUCGGAGUGAAGGUCGCCGCCGCCUGAGGGGGGCUUCUCCCCGGCCCCGUUUCCCUCUCCCCGCCCCUCAGGAAAGGGGGGCUCCGCUCCCGCCGGGCCCGAAGAUGUCGAACCUGAGCAAGGGGACCGGCAGCCGGAAGGACACCAAGAUGCGGAUCCGAGCCUUCCCGAUGACUAUGGAUGAAAAAUAUGUGAACAGCAUUUGGGAUCUUCUGAAAAACGCAAUUCAAGAGAUUCAGCGUAAGAACAACAGUGGUCUCAGCUUUGAGGAACUCUAUAGGAAUGCUUAUACUAUGGUAUUACAUAAACAUGGCGAGAAACUAUACACUGGACUACGAGAAGUGGUUACUGAGCAUCUCAUAAACAAGGUGCGAGAAGAUGUGCUAAAUUCAUUAAAUAACAACUUCCUCCAAACAUUAAACCAAGCAUGGAAUGAUCAUCAAACAGCAAUGGUGAUGAUUAGAGACAUUCUAAUGUAUAUGGACCGUGUAUAUGUACAACAAAAUAAUGUGGAAAAUGUCUACAACUUGGGAUUAAUUAUCUUUCGAGAUCAAGUUGUACGUUACGGGUGUAUUAGGGAUCAUCUACGACAGACAUUGUUGGACAUGAUUGCAAGGGAACGGAAAGGAGAAGUUGUGGACAGAGGAGCAAUCAGAAAUGCUUGUCAGAUGUUAAUGAUUCUAGGCCUUGAAGGAAGAUCUGUCUAUGAAGAAGAUUUUGAAGCCCCAUUUUUAGAGAUGUCAGCAGAAUUCUUUCAGAUGGAGAGCCAGAAGUUUUUAGCAGAAAAUAGUGCUUCAGUUUAUAUCAAGAAAGUAGAAGCUAGAAUUAAUGAAGAAAUAGAACGUGUGAUGCACUGCCUUGAUAAAUCAACUGAAGAGCCAAUUGUAAAAGUUGUUGAGAGAGAGCUUAUUUCCAAGCAUAUGAAGACUAUAGUGGAAAUGGAGAAUUCUGGUCUAGUUCACAUGCUAAAAAAUGGAAAAACAGAAGAUCUUGCUUGUAUGUACAAGCUGUUCAGCCGUGUGCCGAAUGGUCUUAAGACAAUGUGUGAGUGUAUGAGCUCCUACCUCCGAGAGCAAGGUAAAGCUCUUGUAUCUGAAGAAGGAGAAGGAAAGAACCCAGUUGACUAUAUUCAGGGUUUACUGGAUUUGAAGAGUAGGUUUGAUCGCUUCCUUCAAGAAUCUUUCAAUAACGACAGGCUCUUCAAACAAACCAUUGCGGGUGACUUUGAGUAUUUCCUCAACCUUAACUCUAGGUCUCCAGAGUACCUCUCAUUAUUUAUUGAUGACAAGUUAAAAAAAGGAGUCAAGGGACUAACUGAGCAAGAAGUAGAGACUAUAUUGGACAAGGCAAUGGUUUUGUUUAGGUUUAUGCAAGAGAAGGAUGUUUUUGAACGAUACUAUAAACAGCACUUGGCAAGGAGGCUUCUAACAAACAAAAGUGUUUCAGAUGACUCUGAGAAAAACAUGAUAUCUAAGCUAAAGACUGAAUGUGGAUGUCAAUUCACAUCAAAACUGGAAGGAAUGUUCAGGGAUAUGAGCAUCUCAAACACAACAAUGGAUGAAUUUAGGCAACAUCUACAGGCAACAGGGGUCUCAUUAGGUGGUGUUGAUCUGACAGUGCGGGUUCUCACAACAGGCUACUGGCCUACUCAGUCGGCCACACCAAAGUGCAACAUUCCCCCAGCCCCCAGACAUGCUUUUGAAAUAUUUAGGAGAUUUUAUUUAGCCAAACAUAGUGGAAGGCAGCUGACACUCCAGCAUCAUAUGGGCUCUGCAGAUCUCAAUGCCACCUUCUAUGGUCCUGUUAAAAAGGAAGAUGGCUCAGAGGUUGGUGUAGGAGGCGCCCAAGUAACUGGCUCUAACACACGGAAGCACAUAUUGCAAGUCUCCACUUUCCAGAUGACGAUACUAAUGCUCUUUAACAACAGAGAAAAAUACACUUUUGAGACACUAAUUGCUGAGCACCAUGUUCAAGUGACAAGAGUAUUUCCUGGACGGGAACGCUUAAGUCUGCAGGAAAUACAACAAGAGACUGAUAUCCCUGAAAGAGAGCUUGUACGAGCGCUACAGUCCCUUGCGUGUGGAAAGCCAACACAACGGGUUCUCACAAAAGAGCCGAAAUCAAAAGAAAUAGAAAAUGGACACAUAUUUACAGUGAAUGACCAGUUCACAUCCAAACUGCACAGAGUCAAGAUUCAAACAGUUGCUGCCAAACAAGGAGAAUCGGACCCAGAAAGAAAAGAAACAAGACAGAAAGUAGAUGAUGACAGAAAACAUGAGAUAGAGGCUGCUAUAGUCCGGAUAAUGAAAUCUAGGAAGAAGAUGCAGCAUAAUGUUCUAGUAGCAGAGGUAACCCAACAACUGAAGGCACGAUUCCUACCAAGUCCAGUUGUUAUUAAAAAGCGUAUUGAAGGACUUAUUGAGCGUGAAUAUUUGGCACGAACACCUGAGGACCGCAAAGUAUACACUUACGUAGCAUAAAAUGUGUUCCGCAAAUAUGAUUUAUUCUUGGACUAUACUCUUCGCAUGAACUGGGAAGUUCUUUUAAAUCAUUAAAUAUUAAGACGACCAUCUCUUCUAUUAAAUUACAAUACAUGUUCUAGAUCAUUCAGAUCAAGCCUUUUCUCCUUCGGAGAGUUUUUCAACAUCAAAAUGAUUGAGCUUCAAGCUUCUCAGCGUUUAUCCCAGUAGAAAUCAUCCUUACAGUUCCUCGGGAAAAUGUGAAUGUGCCGCGUUUUGUUUUCAAUACUGUAUGAAAACAGGAAAAAAUAAAAUAAAAACAAAUUUAGAAAAUACAGCUCAUUAAAAAAUAAAAUUGUUGGAAUUUCAUUUCCCCGGAUCUUCA